AAGCUCUGUGAGCUCUCAAAACCCCGAAACCAAUCUGAGCAUUGACUCCCGCCGCACAGCAGCCCCGUCGGAGCGCGCAACCCCCCUCUCUCGUCGCCUCCUUCAUUCUAAGCUACUAGAAAGAUGGAUCUCAACAAUGUUAAAAUUCCCAAAAUCCCUGGUGGUGGUGCUGUCUCAUAUCUGAUCAAGCUUGGGGUUGUAGCUCGCUCCAUUGUCUUCAACCGUAUCACUGGUAUAAAAGAACAGGUGUGUUUUCUGUAUCUGCUUCGAUCCCAAAUGAUGACAUGACCACGAAACUUCAUGAUGAUUGGUGAUUUUACUCAUUUAGCCUCAUAUGGACCUUCUAGCUCAUUUUGUUGGGCAUGACAAGCAGAGUCCUUGCAAUGAGGUUUCAUCAAUCAUCACUUUCAUGAUCACGUCAUUUUGGAAUAAACAUCCAGUGUUGGAUUAUUGUUUGGUUAAGCAACUGAGUUCUCUUCAGGGAGAUGGAUUUUGCUUUUUGAAACUUGACUAAUAUAAUUUUCUUACCAAAGUCCAAAAGAGAUGAAAUUGUUGUCUGAUAUAAGUAUUGGAUGGCCUUUGAAUGACUAUAUUUAGGCACCCGUGUAAAUAACACAUAGAACCAUGAUAUACAACUUACAAGUCGUUCAGUUUACUUCUACAUUCCCACUUAUAAACAGAUAUCAUAACGCUCGGCCUUUUUUCCCCUCAAAACAAGUCACUUCAAAGCUGGUUUAAAACUAGAGGUUGUGGCAUCUAACUCUAAACCAUGAUUGUUUGUUUUGUAGUAAGUUUUUUCCUUGCAUCUAACUGUGAUUAUUUUGAAAUGAUUCUGAUUUCCUAUAUAUUGCCCUUGUGGUGAUCAAAAUUUGUAUUCGAUUGUGUACAUGUUCUUGAAUUAUAGAAGACCAGUGCCUUUUCUUCAACAGGGAUUACAGUCACUACACUAUGCAUUUAGUUGAUGUGAAAAUAUGUGGAAUAUUGUAAAAACUAUUAAUUACGUAGUAGCAAUGAGAAUAGAGCUAAAACUUAUUGAAUUGCACCCACAUAGGAGCAGGCAGGAAAAAAACUCCAAAUCUGGAAAAGCAGCCAUGAUGGUCUUUGAGGACUUUAUCUUGCCUUUGAAAAAAGGGUCAAGCGCCGCAUAAUCAGCACGAAUGAGACAUUCAAAACAGGCAGCAUCCGAAAUCUCUUUGAAAGAAAUCCCGACAAGAUAGACACCAUCAUCUGGCUUAGGAAGUGGCGCCACAGCUUCUUGGGCAAUGUAUUCUGAGUUGACAACUUGUUCUUCAGCUUGGUCAUCAUCAUAUUCAUGCCCAUUGUUCCUAUGGAUAGAGUAACUUUUUUCUCUGCUUUUUCUUUUCUUUUGGUCUUCACGUUGGUCAUCAUCAUAUUCUGCUCCUUCCUUUCCAAACGAAACAGCCUCCUUUCACUCUUGGCAAGUGUGGUUUUUGUUUUUGAAAACUCUGUUGCAAGUUCUGAUGGAGCCACUACUUUGCUUUUGAUUCUUAGAAGACGCAAUUUUGAUGAUGAUGGCCUGAAAUAUAAAAGUUAGUCAAACAUAAUCAGAAUCUUGUACAGCUUUAACUCAAUAAAUAGUUAUACACUCAAAAAGUUACUUACUUGGUUUUUCUCACACGUUUGGCACUGAAUCGUUCAUUGACCACUGUUACGGGAUUUGCAGGAUGCCGGUUAUUUUCCUCAUGUUCACUUGGUGUACUCCCCACCAGAGGAUGCAAAUAACCUACAAGAAAUUCACGAUGAUGAUUACCAACAAUAUAAAGAUUUUGGAUGUAACGUACAAGAUGACAGUGACCAAGAACAUCCAUCCAGAACAUUCAGAAGACACUGACCAAGAAAAUCCAGAAUAUCCUGAAACUCAUGUCCAACAAGGCAACAAGUACCUAUCCGGAACAAGAACAAUUUGACCCGUCAGCAAACCAAGGCUAGGUUGGGUCCAAGAAAGAAAACUAAGCAACACACCACUACUGAGAAUGCUUUAGGGUCCACCGCAGCCCUAAAGCAACAAGCCAACAAUGAGGACUUAGUAAGGGCAAAACGCAAACUGUUUCUUAACACUCCUCUACUUAGACGUGUAUGCACUGUUCUUGCGAUAGCGGUUAGGGCUGCGGUGCUACUUCCGGAUGAGAAACAUCAGAUCAAAUUAACCGAUUCAAUUGUUCCAGUGUUAAAGAAGUCCAUCGAAGAGUUAUUUGGUGUUAGUUUUGAGGGCGUUGUUCUUGACAUUGAAGAUGCCAUGAAAGUUGUUCCUGAUGUUUUUGAAGUACUCGUUCCCAUUAAUGGUGACUUGGAUUUUGUGGGUCGCAAGAAUUCAAUAUAUCUAAGUGGAUUUAACAGCGGUUGAGGGAAGAAUUGGAAACCUGGGAGGAAGAACUGGAAAAAUUAAACAUGGGUAGAGGCUAAGCUUGAAAAUAAUCCAAACAGAUGAAAAUGUGAUUGCAUGCAUCCUCAGCCAUGAUCCAGAUGCCAUGUUCGUGUGCAGUGUGAAUGAAGUUGAGAGGAAGCCAAAACCUGAAGUGACCUAAUCCAAUUGCAUAAGAGGUUGGAGGUAAUGUUUGAUAAGCUGUGAUGCAGUACAAUCAAAUAUAUUUGUAGCGCAAGUUUACACAGUACACGUGUACUUGAUUUUAUUACACUUCUUCAAGUCUUACGAAACUACACCUCAACUCAUCUUGGUUCCGCUCACUAUCAGCAUCAAUCAAAAACUCUGCUUAAA